CCCUGCCCUGGAACAUACAAGUACCUGGAGAUCCAGUACGAGUGCGUCCCUUACAGUUCUGCACAUUGUCUCUCUUCCACUUUUCUCUCUCUCUUUCUCUCUCCAGUUUCUCCCCCUCUUCUUCCUCUCUUCCUCCUGGUCGAUCUCUCUGUCUCUUGUUUCUCUCCCUCAGUCUCUCUGUGCACACACAAACAUCAAAACAACUGCUCACACAAACAUAAACAUAAUCUUCUUACCCUUUUCUCUCUUUCUCACUAUUUCCUUUUCACAAACAAGCACCGUUCUUUCUUUCUUUCUUGCAAUCAUUCUUUCCUACUUGUCUGAUCAUCCUCUUCAUGCUUAUUUUCCCUUUUCUUCCCUUAUAGGAAGAGCCCCUUAUUUAUCUUCAUAGGAAAAAUAAGACCAAAUGUGUGUGAUUGUAUAUCCUUCUGGAUGUGUGCUUACCAAGCACUGCUAUCGUGUGUGUGUGUGUGUGUGUGUGUGUGUGUGCAUGCCUAUUUGCAUGCCAGUGUGAGACUGUACAGUACAUAUGUGUUCAUACAGUUAUUGACAUGUGGGUGGACCAAUCGUUGUGCUCGGCGUAAACUAACCUGCCCUCUCAUUCACUUCAAGGCCAAAUUUAGCUCCGCCUUCUGCGUCCCUGAUUCUACCUCACACCCUUUUCCACUCUUUUUGCACUAACGAACACUUACGCACACACACACACAUGCAUACACACAUAAACACACUCAUACACCUUUCAUUGCAGUAUCCCUGUUGGGUUACUCACCACACACACACACACACACGCUAACAGUGUGUGAAUUUCAACACGUGUACGUCUCUUCUGUUGCUUGCCUCUUACGAUGAGCGCAGGUGUUUUAAAUCCGUCUCUCUUUUUCUCUUCAUUCUUUUUUCUUCCUGCUGCAUCAACUGCAUCUAAUUCGAUCCAUUUUUCAUGCAUCGAUCCAUUUUCUCCCCACCUCUCCACUAUCUUUCCACACUUUUCUGCUCCUCACCUCUUCUUCUUCUUCUUCUUCUCCCUCUUCCUCUUCUUUCUGACAUCCUGCUGUCUUCCCCUCCUCACUUCCGUCUUCCAGUUUUCAUGUGUCCGGGCUCACUGCUCAACAUCCAGCCGGCCUCCUCUCUCCUGGAGGCGGAGCAUCAGUCGGGGGCGUGGUGUAAGGACCCGCUGCAGGCCGGCGACCGGCUGUACGUGAUGCCGUGGACGCCAUAUCGGACGGAAGUGCUGUAUGAGUACGCCUCCUGGGACGACUACCGCCAGAACCGGGUCACCACGACCUAUAAGCUUCCGAGCCGCGUGGACGGUACGGGCUUCGUGGUGUAUGACGGCGCCGUGUUUUACAACAAGGAGCGGACACGCAAUCUGGUCAAAUACGACCUGCGGACUCGCAUCAAGAGCGGCGAGGCGGUGGUGAUCAAUGCCAACUACCACGACACCUCGCCGUACCGCUGGGGAGGGAAGUCGGACAUCGAUCUGGCGGUGGACGAGAACGGCCUUUGGGUGAUCUACUCUACUGAAGCCAAUAACGGACGCAUCGUGGUCAGCCAGGUGAACCCGUACACCCUGCGCUUCGAGGGUACGUGGGCCACCGGCUUCGACAAGCGCGGGGCGAGCAACGCCUUCAUGGCCUGCGGGGUGCUCUACGCCGUGCGCUCCGUCUUCCAGGACGACGAGGGGCAGGCCGACGGCCGAGUCGGCAGCGACACGGUGGUCUACGCCUACGACACCAGCCGCGGGCAGGAGCUGCCCGUUCAAUUACCGUUCCCCAACCCGUACCAGUACAUCUCCUCCAUAGACUACAACCCCAGAGACAACCAGCUGUAUGUGUGGAACAACUACUACGUGCUGAGAUACCCGCUGCAGUUUACGCCGCCCCCGCCCACCAAAGGUCCUCUCUCGUCUCUGAUGACGACCGUCCGGUCCUACACGGCCACCGUCUCGUUGACCCCGGUGCGGCCGUCGGCCUCUCACCCCAUCGGCGUCAUCAACCGAGGACCCUUUGACCAGCGGCCGAUCACAGCCAUGGUCCCUCUGACCCCGCGUCCACCUCUGCGCGUCCCCUUGGCUCCCGGGGUCCCCGGUCAAGUGGGCGGAUGCGAGGGCCGGGUGGCACGAGGGGUGCAGUGGCCGCCCACGCUGAAGGGCGAGACAGUGGAGAGGCCCUGCCCGAAAGGGUCGCUUGGUAUCGCCUCCUAUCAGUGCAUCCAGUCUCCGGUGGGCUGGAGCUCCGGAGGGCCUGACCUUUCCAACUGCACCUCUCCCUGGGUCAGCCAAAUUUCACAGAAGAUUAAGAGCGGAGAGAACGCGGCCAACAUCGCCGGGGAGUUGGUCAACUUGACCCGGGGACGAAUCUACGCCGGUGAUGUCAGCAUGUCCGUCAAGUUAAUUGAACAGCUAUUGGACAUCCUGGACUCCCAGCUGCAGGCCUUGAGACCGGCCAAUAAAGAGUCGGCGGCGCGCAAUUACAACAAGCUGCAGAAGAGAGAACGCACAUGCAGAGCUUAUGUUCAGGCGGUCGUUCAGACGGUGGAUAACCUGCUGGGUCUCGAGGCUCUGGUGACCUGGGCGGACAUGAGCAGCGUGGAUCAGUCCCGCUCGGCGUCGCUGCUGCUCGACGCGGUGGAGAAAGGAGCGUUUCUAUUGGCUAACAAUCUUUAUGAAGGCCGCUUCAGUGACAGGACACCGAAUGUUGAUCUGGAGGUGUACGUAUUAAACACAGAGGCGGACAUACAGGACCUGACGUUCCCUCACUCCUACGACAGCGACAGCAUCUUGCAGAUUUCAGCACUGGCUCUGCAACAGUACAGCAACAACGGCCAGGUGAAGCUGGUCCUCUCGCUCUAUAAGAACCUGGGCUCCUUCCUGACUACCCAGAACACCACGCUGCGACUCGGCCUGGGUCUGGGCCAGGGAGCGGAGGCCAGGCGCAGGAGCCUGGUGGUCAACUCCCAUGUCAUCUCCGCCUCCGUGCACAGAGGAUCCAACAGAGUGUAUCUCUCCGAGCCGGUGAUCUUCACUCUCAGGCACCUGCAGCUGGAGAACCACUUCGGCCCCAACUGCUCUUUCUGGAACGGAACAGGGGUUUCUGGGAAUGGCCGGUGGUCCACACAGGGCUGCCGCCUGUUACACACUAACAACACACACACUAUCUGCGCCUGCAACCACCUGUCCAGCUACGCCGUCCUCAUGACGUAUCAGCAACCUGCCUUCGGGGUCGGCGUGGAGGAGCUUCUCGUCUACGUGGUUUCCUGGGUUGGCAUCUCUGUCGCGCUGGUGUGUUUGGCCACGUGCCUCACCACCCUGUGCUGCCAGGGGGCGCCCUGGCACACGGACCACAGCACCAUCCACUGCAACCUGUGGGCCAACCUGCUCAUCACCGAGCUGCUCUUCCUCGUUGGUGCCAACAAGACGCAAUAUACGGCCGUGUGCUCCAUCAUCGCUGGCCUGCUGCACUUCUCGCUGCUCUCAGUGUUUUGCUGGUUGUGUCUGGAGGCAGUGGAGCUGUACUUGCUGCAGCGGGAGGUAUUCGAGGGCCGUAACUCCAGGAGGAAGUAUUUCUACCUGUGUGGCUACUCUAUUCCCGGGCUGGUGGUGGCUGUGUCUGCAGCCAUAGACUUCAGAGGCUACGGCUCAAAAACUGCAUGUUGGCUGCGAACAGACAAUUACUUCAUCUGGAGUUUCCUCGGACCGGUUGGUGUCGUCAUUACUUUGAACCUGGUUGUACUGGUGAUGACCUUACACAAGAUGCACAGCACUGCUGCUUUGAAGCCAGACUCCAGUCGCCAUGACAACCUGAGGGUGUGGGCGGUGGGCUCCCUGACGCUGCUCUUCCUGCAGAGCGUCACCUGGUCCUCAGGCCUGAUGUUCCUGUGUGCUCCGUCUCUCCUCCUGGCUUACGUCUUCUCCUCCCUCAACACCGCCCAGGGCCUCCUCAUCACCAUACUGCACUGCACCCUGGCCAGGAAGGGUCAGAAGGACUACGGCCGAUGCCUGCGCCUCUCGCAGUGUUGCAUAACUUCCUCCUCCAGCUCUCCGGAUUCCCUGAAGGGCGCCGCCCUGCGCUCCAACAGCCGCUACACCAGCAGCCAGAGUCGGAGAGCGACUGCGAACAGACAGAGUCGCAUCAGGAGGAUGUGGAAUGACACGGUUCGCAGACAGACCGAAUCGUCUUUCAUCGCCGCGGAUGUAAACAACACACAGACUCUUAACCGGGCUGCUUUGGGGAAUCACUUCCUGAAUAAUCCAGUGUUGCAGACUCAUGUUGGAGCCUCUCCGUACGACACAAUGCUGACCCAGGGCUACAACCAACCCUUCACCUCCACAGAAGGGGGCGUGUCCAAGAGCCAGGAGUCCUGUGGAUUGGACAGUGUUUGUCUCAAUGGAGGCUACACCCCCAACACCUUCACCCUGCACGGUCUGGGCACCACACCCGGGUCCCGAGCUGGAGUGGUGGGCACCACUGACCUCCUGCGGGAGGGAGGAGUCGGUAUAGGAAGUGACGACAUCUCCCCGGCCCUCCUCACCCCCCACGGGGCCACAGAUCUGGGCAGCGGCGCUGCCGGAAUGCGUCGUAAUCUGUCCGAUGCGGCGGCGCUGGAGAAGAUGAUCAUCUCGGAGCUGGUGCAGAGCAACCUGAGGCCCUCGGUGGCCAUGCCCGUUCCUCCCGAGCGCUACGGGAGCCUGGCGCGGCCUCAGGACCACGACAGGGCCGCCCUCGCACACGGCGCCACUUUGACUCGACACGCGCCGCCGCCCCAAGAGGGCUGGGUGGCCACCAUGCAGCCGAACGCACACCACGCCGCGCAGGAGGCCUGGGCGCACACGCGGCACCACACGCAAGACGGCGAGACACAUUCCACGCUCCGCGGGCAAGAUCACGCCACCCCGGCGCCGCGCCUACAAGACGGCUGGUCAAACUCGCGGGUUUCUGAAGACUCGGAGUCCCGAGAGCUGCUGAAAGACGGGGACAGGUCGUUGCAGGGCACUCUGAGUCGCCGCGGGCUCCAGGACCGGCAGCAAGCGCGACCCCCCGAUGUUCAGGCGCGGCCCAACUCCACCCUCAGCCGCACACCCGGCACCCUGUCACGCCACCGCGGCCCAGUGGAGCCGAGCGUGGGGACCGACAGGGACCGCGAGAGGGACAGGGAGCGUUACCGGGACAGGCCCCUCCCGCCUCCUCCUCCCCCUCCCCCACAGGAGUCUGACUCCCUGUACAAGGCUCUGGAGGAGCCCUUGCUGAUGAAACCGAGGGAGGCAGGUGUCGAGGCGUGGAGAAUUGGCCAAGAGCGAGAAAAGGACGAGACGUUUCUCUUAAAAAGAGAUGAAAUGAUGGACGAAUGGAGGGGAGGAAACGAGAGAGGGAGGGACGAGUCCUUCACCUCUCAGACAAGAGAGGAAGAGAUGGACGAAUGGAGAGCCGGAACGGAGCGAGGGAGCGUGGAACCUCAUCUGCUGGAGAAGAGAGGUGGGAGGAUGGAGGUGUGGCGGGGGGAGGCCGACCAGGAAGAGACUUUUAUAACGCAGAAGAACGAUUUUAGGAUCGACGGAUGGAGGGGCGGGAUGGAGGAAGAGAAAGAUGAAUCCUUGUUUUUGAAGGACAGAGAUGGAUGGAGAGCGGGGAUGGAGCGAGAAAAUGAGAAGCAGAAAGACAGAGCGCUGGAUGUGUGGAGGGGAGGGAUGGAUAUCGACAGGGACGAAUCCUUCCUGUUUGAGAGCAAAGACGGCGGCCUCGACGGGAGGAAAAGAGGGAAAGACAGAGGGUCUCUCCGGUACCACAGCGAACCAGAGGAUUCUGACAGCUUUGCUCUGCCUUUGACCCCUGACCUCGACCUCGACCCUGACUCCUCACCUAUCUACGCCCGAGAUUCAAACCCCUCCCCGCUCUAUCCCGGAGACCGGCGGUCGCCUCAGCUCAACAUCUUCCCCCGCAGCUCUCCCCCGACGAACAUCUUCGCUCCUCGAGAAACCAACUCGUCCCCGAACAACCUGUACUCGCGCCACUCCCCCCAGGUGUACAGCCGAAGCAGCUCGCCCCCCCGCUUCUACACCCGCACCUCCCCGCCGACCCUCUCUUACCCAGACAGCAGCCCCGAAGGUCCAGAAGAGGUCAGCAGCCCCGUCGGCCAGCCCCAGCGGCCCGCCCUGGAACUGCCGUACAGCCUGGGGCGACCCCCGCUCGGCCCGCGGCCCAAUCACCUGCAGACCUUCUACCAGCCGCCGCCGCCGCUGGCGUCCAACGGCGAGGCGGCGGCGGCGGCGGCGGAGCCCACCUCGGAGGGAGAGGACGGACAGAUGCAGCGGGUGACGAGCCUGUGACUAGGGCGGUGGUGACCGGGGCAUAGAAACCAGGGACGAGGAGGAAGACGGCGGUUGUGACAAAUAACCGAGAUCAAUCCGAUGGAAACGAUGACGAUUACGAUGACGAAGAGGUGUAAUGGGAUAAUGAUGAUGGAUAAUGAAGGUAAUGAUGAUGACAGCGAUAGCUCCUCCCUGCUUCGAUCUCCCGAUCACCACGAGACUGCCCCCCUUUUUCAUGUUUUGUUACUUUUCUAUGACUGUGAUCCAUUUAUAAUUCUUCCUGCUCCACUUUCUCGCCCCGAAACCCUUCUGUGUCUCCCCGUCUCAUUGGUGCUCAUCCUUACUGGCCCAUCGUCUUAAGUUUCUUUCGGUUCGUCGGCCGGGUGUCGCCCUUUCCCGUAGCAAGCAAACAGUGUGUCAAAGAAGCACUUGUGUGUUGCCAAAAAUCCUUUCAAAGAACAUGUGCAUGACUUUAUAGUGGCUGUACCAGGCUGCAAACUGUAGGAGGAAAUUGCUGACGUGUGUGUGAGUGUGAGUGUGUGUAUGAGUGUGUGUGAGCGGGUGUGUUUGAAUAGCUUGAUGAGCAUGUGUGUGUGUAAGGAUGGCUGUGAGUGUGUGUAUAUACAUCAUUCUUGUGUAAUUAAUGUAUCACAGUGAAGCAUUUUAUCAAUCUCAACUGGUGGGCCUCUUACACACAUCCCCUCCGACUGAUUUUGAACUCUUGACCAAUCCCAUUUGACAUCAAGACCCCCCCCCCCUCUCUCUUAAUCCCCCCGCCCCGACAACAACCCCUCCCUCCACCUGCCACAAACUGUCGGUGAUGGAACUCGUUGCCAUGGAGCCCGCCAUAGCAACAGAACUAUUGACUCCAGAGCCAGAGAUCAUAUGAAACCUCAGAACUUUUCUGCAACCCCCCCUGAGAUCCUUGUAAAUAUCGACCUCAAGUGUUCUGAUUGUCUUGUAUUGCUAUUGAAGUUCAAGUAAACAUGUGAAAUAAACGUUACCGUCUUUCUCUUUGUGUGGAUGUGCAGAGGAAGCGGGGGUUUCACUUAAAGGAGGAAUGCCGAUCAGCAGUGGAAAAGAUUGUUGGUGGAUAGGAUUAAUAAAAUAACUGCUUUUACAAGCUGUGAUUUAAUGUAACUAAGUGAAUGUACUUAGUACUACUUGUACGUUACUUGUAUACUUCCAUUAUAUUCCAUUCUCCUCAACAACACUAUCUGACAGCUGACGAGUUACUUUGUAAAUAGAGAUUAUAUUUAACAAAUAUGAUCAUUUUAAAAUGAAGCAGAUUAAAACAACCCAUCAGUAUAUAAAGUGUCUUAAAUUGUCUCAUCCGGCUACAGUUGUAAUGCUUGUUAUGCAUCAGUACGAAUAAACCAAUAAUGCUGUCUAUAAUAAUGAAACUGACGGGGGUCUGCUCAAUUAGUACUUUUGAUACUCAGGCAGACAUAUAUUAGUAAAAUGUUGAAUGCAAGACACAAUAUAUUUAAAUGCUGGUGUUGCUUGAGAACUUCUUCCACCAAUGAUGGAGGAGAAAAAGGGUAUUUUGACUUAUCAGCCAUACAUAACUGGUACUAAAAUCAUAUUGUUGUCAAGGUAGGACAUGCAUCGCAGUACAGCCAUGUACUACAUUUAUGACAUUAUAUGAAGUGGAUUUGCAGUUUGUGGAUGGUGGAGACAAAAAGCAGAGCUUAAAGAGAAUAUAAUUAAUAGUAGGAGUUAUAUUAUACAGAUGGCAAGAAACACUGUAUAGACACAAUACAUGCUGUGUCUACUCAUUCACAAAUAAACCAACGACUUUGCUUUAUUAAUUUAAUAAAGUGAUAAUAUGUUA